AUGCCGAAGCCGACGCUACUGCUGCGCGGGGGCUGGGAGCGCGAGCGCAGUCCCGGGGACUCCGAGCUGGGCCGCCAGUUCCGGGACUGGUGCCUGCGCACCUACGGCGACUCGGCCAAAACCAAGACGGUGACACGCAGCAAAUACCAGCGGAUCACCGAGGUCCUGCAGGGCGGCGGCGGGACCGGCGCGGGCAGCGGCCCGGCGGCCGGCGAGAAAGGCAAGUUCCAGUUCUGGGUGCGCUCCAAGGGCUUCCGCCUGGGCAGCGGCCGGGAACCCAAGAUGGGCCAAGUGGUGUAUGUGCCGGUCAAGACGGGCUCGGGGGCAGAUGGCCUGUCGGAGCCGGAGGGCAUCUCUCUGAAGCGGGUCGCUGUGGUGGAAGAUUUCUUUGACAUCAUCUACUCAAUGCAUGUGGAGAGCUCAGCGGAGCCAGGCAAAGCCCCCAAGCACGCUGGGCAGAAGAAAACCUACCGAGCGAUUGCGGAGACGUACGCCUUCCUUCCACGAGAGGCUGUGACCCGGUUCCUGAUGAGCUGCACUGAGUGUCAGAAGAGGAUGCACUUUAAUUCCAACGGCCUGGAGCCCAAAGAAAACGAGCCUCCCUCUCCUCUGGUCUCCGGGAUCAUUGACUACAACAUGCCCCUCACCUCCACGUACCUGAAGCAGAUGAAGUUGCGCGUGAUGAAUUCCCAGGAGCAGGAUGAGACUUCUGUGAGCAGUGAAGAUUUUGAUAUGAACGACUCCACAUGGAUGUCAGCUGACCCACACCUGGCCUCCAGCCUGAGCCCCAGCCAGGACGAGAGGAUGCGGAGCCCACAGCAUCUCCACAGCCAAGAGGACGACGACUCCUCCUCCGAGAGCGGCAGCGGCAAUGGCUCCUCCACCCUGAACCCAUCCACGUCGAGCAGCACGCAGGGCGACCCCGCCUUCCCCGAGAUGAACGGCAACGGCGCCGUGGCCCCCAUGGACUUCACGGCCGCCGCCGAGGACCAGCCCAUCAACCUGUGCGACAAGCUCCCGCCGGGCACGGCCCUCGGCACGCCCGCCUACCCCGCGGACGGCUGCGGCCCGGACGGACUGCGGAGCCGCGUCAAGUACGGGGUGAAGACCACCCCCGAGUCCCCCCCGUACAGCUCAGGAAGCUACGACUCCAUCAAGACCGAGGUCAGCGGCUGCCCCGAGGACCUGACCGUGGGCCGGGCUCCCCCUGCAGACGACGACGAUGACGACCACGAUGACCACGAGGACAACGACAAGAUGAACGACUCGGAGGGCAUGGACCCCGAGCGCCUCAAGGCCUUCAACAUGUUUGUGCGCCUCUUUGUUGACGAGAACCUAGACCGCAUGGUGCCCAUCUCCAAGCAGCCCAAGGAGAAGAUCCAGGCCAUCAUCGAGUCCUGCAGCCGGCAGUUCCCCGAGUUCCAGGAGCGGGCCCGCAAGCGCAUCCGCACCUACCUCAAGUCCUGCCGGCGCAUGAAGAAGAACGGCAUGGAGAUGACCAGACCCACACCUCCCCACCUGACCUCGGCCAUGGCCGAGAACAUCCUGGCAGCUGCCUGUGAGAGCGAGACGAGAAAAGCAGCCAAAAGGAUGCGUCUGGAGAUCUACCAGUCCUCGCAGGACGAGCCCAUAGCCCUGGACAAGCAGCACUCCCGGGACUCUGCAGCCAUCACCCACUCCACCUACUCACUGCCAGCCUCCUCCUACUCCCAGGACCCCGUGUACGUCAAUGGCGGCCUCAACUACAGUUACCGCGGCUACGGGGCCCUGGGCAGCAACCUGCAGCCCCCCGCCUCCCUGCAAACAGGAAAUCACAGUAACGGGCCCACGGACCUCAGCAUGAAAGGCGGGGCCUCCACCACCUCCACCACGCCCACCCCCACGCCCUCCAGCAACAGCACCAGCAGGACCAUGCCCACCGCCCAGCUCAGCCCCACGGAGAUCAGUGCCGUGCGGCAGCUCAUCGCCGGCUACCGGGAGUCUGCCGCCUUCCUGCUGCGCUCAGCGGACGAACUGGAAAACCUCAUUUUACAGCAGAACUGA